AUGCCACCGGAGAAUCAGGAUUCGCGACAUCCUGGCUAUGGCCAGAAUGGCUGGAUAGGUGUCCCUGGCGGCGUGCCAAACGGCAUUCCCAGCGGCUCCGCCAACAGUGUUCCAAACGGCGUGUCAAACGGUUAUUCCUCCAGCCCUCGACCGACGAUGUCACCAAUGCAGGAGUUUCCGCAGUUCGAAUACCACCACCAGCACCACCACCAGCAUACCACGCCCAUGCCAAUGGAGCCGGCAUAUCCUGUACCACGACCCUCACCAUUUGCGUCCUCGCAUGCUCCAAUGCCACCACCCUUGGUCGUGCCGACCCACGUUUUGUGGCCCAGUAUGCUGGCUAGCCAACCCCAGGGGUCGUACCAGCCAUCCACUCUACCGGCUCCAACAAUGCAGACUCCCCUGUCGGCAGGGUCAACUUCUGAUAUAACACCAACCAGCGCCAAGACGAGCACAUCUCGCCGCAAGUUGACGGACGAAGAGCGUCGUCAGAUGUGCAUUGAGGCCGAACAGAAUCCGAAUAUGAAGCAGACCCAGAUCGGAGCGAAGUUUAACGUGGAGAGGAGUACGGUUUCGAAGAUCCUGCGGCAGCGGGAGAAGUACAUGAAUCCGCAGCCGAAAGAGGAGAGUGUUAGUCCGAUCAAGAAAUCCAAAGCCAAGUUACCGGACUUUGAAAAAACCCUCACCAACUGGGUCAAGAAUCAACAAAGGAAAGGCCACUCGGUCACGGAUGAAGACCUUCGGAAGCAAGCUCAGGUAUUCUCGUUUAGCAGGAGUGACCAAGCGGUAGUUUCAAGCACCGACUGGCUGGAGAGAUUCAAGCGCAAGAAUCGUCUCAUUGCGCCCAAGGCCGAUCCGGACUCGACGUUGCUGGAUUCCAGCUCGACGUCAAUGUCACAAACCCCUCUGGAUGGCUCACCCGCGUCGUCCAAUGGUCUGGUAUCUCCUCCAAUGUCCGCAAUUGAGGAGCACGCCGAAGAGCCCAUCAAGAUUGAGACCACCGCGGACUUUUUUGACUUUGGAGACGAGAAAUCCACCUUUGAUCGUGAACUGACAUCUGACUCUAUCAUGCCCCCCAUGUCAGUGGAGAUGGCAGGCGGCGACCAACAUAGCGCAGGGCUACUCGAGGGCAUGGACGAGGCGUUGGGGACAUCUAACCGUCAAAGAAGCCAAACAUACCCUCACGCUCCGAAUUUCAGCAUGGCUUCACGCCCUUCCUCGUCGGGUCAGAACCGACCUUCCCUCCCUGUGCGCUCCCUGACGGCGACCGCAGCAGGAGCGGUGACAGAGGAGCAUCGGCCUACCGCCAUUGAUCCCCGGCAGAUGAUGAAAAGGCACAAGAGCGUUCCUGACAUCCACUACCCUGAAUCAGUGCGCUUCUCAUCCAUGCAGCCUCCGCCGUUGCCACGGUCCGCAGAUACCUCACCUAUCAGCAAUCCGGUCUCACCUGCCGAAGAAGAUAUCAUUCGAGCCUUGCACGCCACGAAAACAUUGCUCGAACAGAACCCGGCGGUCGCUGAACCAGACGAUUACCUGGCGAUUGGGAAACUGAUCACGAAAAUCAAAGCACUUCGGCCAACCGCACCAAUGCUCCCAGGAGGGAUGCACCCGAUCGACAUCAUGGACAGUCCUCGCAUCUCCAAGAAGAGGACCAUUCUCGGCAUCUCGACCUAA